AUGAUUGUGAUACAUGGGUUUGGUUCCACAAAUCUUUUGACAACACUUCGACCGGGAUUAACCUCAUCUUCUACCAAAAUGGGACUGCUACCGGAUCCGGCUAGAUUUCGACAGAAGCCUUCUAUCAAGCCGAAUCUUUUGGCUUCGCUGCCUAUUGAAAUCAUCCUACAGAUCAUUGAAGACGAUACUCUUACGCCUCGGGAUCGGGUGUGUUUUGCUGCGACUUGCAGAUGGUUUCAGGGUAUAAUGUAUCCGAUUUUGUAUCGACGGUUCGAUUGGAUUGCACCAUUUAAUCCGACUUGCUCACUGGGACUUGCUAGUGGGUUCGGGCUCCUGGUGGAGGUGCUGUUGGAACCGGUUAUUAGUGGCCUUUCGAUGAUGUUUGGGAUAGGGCCACCACCAGAUCCUCACUCAAAUGCUUUCCAGAAGAGAGCAGAACUCGUUCGGGAAAUGUCACUCUUGGGAGGCUACCAAUACUACAGAGAGAUGGGCGUCAUAACUCGUUAUUAUGGACCCUUAGACGACGGAGAUCCCUUUAUCAGUCUAUUCGAGCCGUUUCAAAAUCUUCGAAGCAUAGAAUUCGAUGAACGAGCUGCUCUAUCAUGGACUGGAUACCUUCGAGUCGUCGCUAAUAUCUUGGUCUCAAAACCUACUCUUGAAGACUUAACCCUAAGACACCGACUUGCGGCACAGCCCGACGCUAGAUACGAAAUGCCAGCUAAUAUGAAAAGCGUUCACAAUACUCUGUCGAAAGGUGUUGUUUCGAAGCUUAGAAGUUUGACGAUAAUACUAGGAAGGAGGUUCGAGCCGACGGAGAUGGGAUAUGAGUACUUCCACCAACUAAUGGAGGUAUUUGAGGGGGCUACGAAUGAAGUUACGGUUUUCAAGCUUUUUGCGAAUUACUCGAAAUUGGAUGAAACGGACCCACUUUUGAUAGACGGCAUUAGCAACCGCAAAGACGGCACUCUAUCACCAGUCAAGUUAUGGUCGUUUCCGAGAAUUAGGGAGAUGGAAAUUCAUGCGCAUAAUUUCCCAAAUACUGGAGCUAUCAGGUCUAUUGAAAAGAAGAGCCUAGGCAAGGCCAAGAAACUCAAGGUUGCUUGUGAUAUUGUGGAUAUGGAUUUUGAUAUUCUCUCUGAAAACUUAUCUUUGUUCAGGAACCUUGAGGAGCUUGGUAUAUGGGACCCACAAUGGCCCGAAGCUCGAGAGUAUACCAACGAGGAACUCACACCAAUAUGUGAAAAGUUUGGCCUUCUUAAAACCAAUCUCGAAAGGCUUCAUACUGUGAAUUGGGCCCUUGGUUAUCAAAAAUUUACCGCACAUUGUACCCUCAAGUAUCCGACCAACAGAAAGAUAUCGACACCCACAAUAUCGUUUGUUCGAUCACAGGGGAUAAAAGCACUUGAAAGAAGCAUAAAAUCCUUACCGGAGCCAGUGAGAUAUAUAAAAGAAGGAUAUAUCUCGGCUCGGUAA